AUGACCCAUAUCACUGAGGCUGUCAAGAAAUCGACGAUGCCUUGUGAACUUGAGAAGGAUAAAUUUUCUGCUCAAGUUCUUAAGAACUGCAAGGAAUUGAUGGAUUAUGCCAUUGACGACCUCAAGAAGUCUUUUGACGAGCUGGGCAUGUUCGAUAUGAGCAAGAUGGAUGAUUUUCUGGAAAACAUCAAUAUCUGGAUCGUCGUUGUGAAGAAGCUCCACAGACAACAAGCGAUGGCAGCGGUGGCAUCCACAAAGGAAUUCUGUAACGAGAUCUUGAUAUUAUCAUCAAGAGACCACCCAACCCUGGUAAAGCUCCACGGGUACUAUAGCGAUCCAAGAGGGCUAGUCCUCGUAUAUGAUUAUGUCCCGAACGAUACCCUAGCCGAUCAUCUCCACAGGUCGAAGUGCUUGGAGAGGAAGAAGUCGUUGACAUGGGAAGUGAGAGUAGAGGUGGCGUUGCAGACGGCGAUGGCAUUAGAGUACCUUCACUUUUCGGUGGUGCCGGCGAUCGUUCAUAGAGACAUAACAUCAUUGAACAUAAUUGUAGAGAAAGGAUAUGAGGAUCAAAGUGGGGGAUUUUGGGUUAUCAAGGAGGCUGGUGCUCACCGACUCAUUGUCGUCGAAGUCCGUUUGGACGGGGCCAUAGGGAAUGCCGGGAUACUUGGACCUAGAGUACCACAGGUCGUUCAAGUUGACGGAAAAGAGUGA